AUGGCCAGGCAGGAGGAGACAUCUCUGAUCCAGCCUCUACAUAGAAAACCACAGAGCACCUUGGAAAUAGUUGUAAAUAGGACCAUCUGGGCAAAAUGUAUGGACAUUACGUUUCACACACAAGCACACAUAGCCAUGGCAGAACAGGAAGAACAAGCUAUUGGGGCAGGGGAGCGAUUUAAAGGGUGAGAAGGUGGAUUUUCCCCUUGAUUAAUAGAAGGGGGAAAUAAAAUAGCCAAAGUGUGGAUACAUUCAGAUAUUUGCAGCGUAAACAGGGUAAACAGCCUUUGGGUAUGUAAUGCAGUAUCUAUAAAUGUUACAGUAACCUGUUUAAAUGGAAUCUCCCUCAGACGUAGCAAUACUACUGGCAGAAUUCUGAUCAUAUGGUUGCUCUCACUUUGUUUGGACGUAUUAUACAAGCUUCCACAGGACCAGAAACAAUCACAGAAAGUUCAAAAGGAGGAGGAAGUUGUAGUGUAAAAUUACUAGAGCACCAAAAAAUGGUUUAGUGGAGAACAGAGACAAAUGAAUGAAUCUUGGUGAUGGUGUAAGAAAAUAAAUGGCAGGAUAUGGCAACUUCUUUGAUCACCAGUCUGACACCUUGCAGAAAUCUUAAAUUUCUGGGCUAGGAAUAAGAUAGGGAUUGUUGCUGCACUGGAAACUCCAGAUAAUUAGAUCACACAAGGACCCCAACUUGACUGAGAGAAUACUCUGUCUAGGAGUUGGCACAAUGAUUAAUCUGGCCCUGCAGGAUCGAUGCCUGAUGCGCUCCAUCAGGAAAAUUUUGGGUGUCAUGUGGCAGGACAGAGUUUCAAACGAUUGUGUUCUCCUAAUUCCCAGCAUGUUUGCGUUCCUGUCUCAACAAUGUCUACGCUGGCUUGGUCAUGUCCACAAAAUGGAAAGUGGCAGAAUCCCCAAGGAGCUGGCUUCAGGCACCAGGCUCCUUGGCAAACUAACUGCAUUACAAAGACAUUGCCAGCCUUCAUGUCACGUUUGCAAACAUCCACUCUGCCAUGUGGGUAUCCCUUCCAGAUGACCAGUGCUUGGAGACAGUCAGGUCCAUAGCUGUCAAGUGUCCCUUAUUUGAAGGGACAGUCCCUUAUUCCAGCGCCAUGUCCCGCUGCUGUCCCUUAUUGAUAGAUGUCCCUUAAAUGUCCCUUAAAGAAUGUCCCUUAAAUUUCAAAGGAAGCAGCUCUUCUCCCUCCCUCCCUGCCGGCCAGGGAGGAGGGAGGCUCCAACUGUGUUGCUUGGCUAUGUUGCUCACCCAAUAAGAAGUCUAAGAACGACUGGGGGGUGGAGCUUGCAUGCCUUGUGUGCGGCUAGUUAAUUCAAGCUGAGGGGUUUUUGAAUGCUGGACGCCAUUUUGUUGCACGUGCUGCUGCAAACUUUGCAGUGCAAAGCCAGGCCGGGGAGCCGUCUUAAGUUGAGGCUGCAUAGGCCUUGUGGUGCAUGUGAUUCAGAUUCUAUUCAGUUGAACCUCUGGUUACAAAGUUGGUUGGACAGUGUUCCUGAAGCUACCAGCAUGAGUUUGACCAGACUGCAGGAGGACAGGAAGACUGGAGUGCCUGGAACAGGUGAGGCUGCAGGUCCCUUGUUUUGGCUGCUGGUCCCUUAUUUUCAAGGCUGCUGGUCCCUUAUUUUCAAAUCUGUAAGUUGACAGCUAUGGUCAGGUCAUGUAUCCAUAGCAGUGACCAAAGGAGGAAUGACAGCAGGGAGGAGUACAGAGGGAGGUACAGCAGCACAAUCAGAUUCCUUCAUCCACCCCAGCUGCAACAAAACAUGUCUCGCCUGCAUUGGUCUCUACAGCCACAGCAGGCGCUGCAACCUUCCAACGGUUUGACAUCACUCCCAAAGGCACACUCCUCCACAUAGCUGUCAACCAUCCCUUAUUUGGUGGGAAACUCCCUUAUCCCAGCGCCGUGUCCUGCUACUGUCCCUUACUGAUGAUGUCCCUUAAAUUUCCCGGGAUUCAUGCUCUCCCGGCUCAGGAGGGAAGCAGUAGCCCGGGGUCCUCCACCUCCAGAGUGUGCACAUGAGCUGCCGCAUCUCCGUCUCUCCCUUUUCCCCCUCAGGGGCAUGUCGUGAGGAGACGGGUGGCAGCGGGUGGGCAGGCAGCCCCUCUCCUGCGAGACUUCUGCAGCGCUGCCAGAGGAAGCCGGAGGUGGCAGCAGCAGCUGAGGAGGCGGCCUGAGGGAGGAGGAAGAGGAGGGGAUGGGGAGGGACGCAGAAGGGCGGCGCUUCAGCGGCCGCGGCAGCGCUGCAACCGCCUUAUGCCGGUCUCACGGGCGGCGUGGGUGAGAGUCUCUCUCCCUCCCUCCCUCUCUCUUGGGUGGGGAAGGACCGAUGGAACUCCUCGCGCCAGGAUGAUGGCGGCCCCGACGUGCUGCUUAGCAUACCCUCCAACCAGUGCAGCAUCUUAAUGUAGUGAUUUCCCCCUCUGCAUCCCUUUCAUAACUCUUUCAUAACUGCAAAAGCAGCAUGGCUCCAUCAGUGCCGGAUUUAUGUAUAAGCUAAGCAAAAUCCCUUAUUUUGGCUGCUGAUCCCUUAUUUUCGAGGUUGCUGGUCCCUUAUUUUCAAAUCUGUAAGUUGACAGCUAUGCUCCUCCAUCGUCUUCCAAGACAGACGGACACCAACCAACAUCGAUGAACCUUAAAGGACAGUGCUUUUGCUCUAUUUUUAAAUUGUGAAUCUGUUUGCCAUCCUGGGCUCCUUUGCAAGGAAGGGUGGGAAAGGAAUUUAACAACAACAACGCAGCCUCUUUACAAGAAAGCCAAAGGCAGGAUAAUUUAAAAAUAUACCAAUGAAUGUGGCUGCAUGCACUAUAAAGCAGCAAUGAAGUAGCAACUUUUCAUUCAAGAAAAAAAAAAUAAAGCAAUUCAGAAGUGAACUUGUGGUUCCCCUCUUGGUUGCAUUCAAAAAUUAAACAAACACACCUGCAGGCUAGUUGCGACUAUGGAAACUCCAGAUGUGUCCAUCAUGCAUGUCUUAGUGGAACAGAUGCACCACACAUCUGAAUACAUGCCUGUUUUAAAAGAUCUGUGCUGGCUUUCUGUGUUUCCCAGCACAAUUUCAAGGUAAUGAGAUUUCUCCCCCAUCCCUCCUCUUCUCCCACAAAGCCACAGCAAGCAGCUUCUUCCUCCUCAAACCUCCUCCCCCUCUGCAUUCCAUUGAUAAAAAGCAAAACUGCAGACACAGGGAAGUUGUUGUAGUACCAACCUCAGCUACCGCAUUUUAUGAAGAUUCCUGGAACUGAUGUGUCCAGCUACCCAAGGAAUGGCACACAGGGAAUGGGACGCAAACAAGGACACGUAGAAGAUCCUCAAAGUGACUGACAAUUAACAACAACAACAACAACAACCAGACUUAGUAUUUUGUGGCAUAGAGCAACUUUCCCCAACCUGCUGCCCUCUAGAUGCCUUGGAUUAGAACUCCCUUCAAUCUCAGAACUAUGUAGUCCAAAACACCCAGAGGGCACCAGGUUGGCAAACAUUGGCAUAGAAAAUAACAAUGUCUAUCGCAGCAUCCAAGUGUGCCAGCAUGUAUCUGGGUAUACGGAAUCAAAGUAUCCUCACACAGUGUUGGGCAUCUUCCCAAGAAAUGUAAGGAAUAAAAGAGAAAGCAAAAGGAGGAACACAUACAUCCAUAAAGUCUGACCAUCCCCUGUUUCCUUGGCCAGUGAGAAAUCUGAGGGGCAGCGUGUGAUGGAAAAGUUGGUUCCACAAGUGUUUCUUUUUACUUUUUUAUCCUGCCGGCAAAUGGUUAAAGAAUGGCAGCUUCUGAUUGGAUGUGGUUCCAGGAGGGAGAGUUUACAUUACAAACUUUUUCAGCAGGGGGCCGGUCUACUGUCCCUCAGACCUUUUGGGGGGCCGGACUAUAUUUUGAAAAAAAUAAAUGAACGAAUUCCUAUGCCCCACAAAUAACCCAGAGAUGUAUUUUAAAUAAAAGCACACAUUUUACUCCUGUAAAAACACCAGACAGGCCCCACAAACAACCCAGAGAUGCAUUUUAAAUGAAAGGGCUUCUUCUACUCAUGUAAAAACACGCUGAUUCCCGGACCGUCCGUGGGCCGGAUUUAGAAGGCGAUUGGGCCGGAUCCGGCCCCGGGGCCUUAGUUUACCUACCCAUGGCUUAAAAGGAGAGGCUUUGGAGGGAGAGAGGGUGGUUGAGGAGGGAGGUUGGAGAGGUUGGGAGUUAGGUAGGGAGACAGGAUAGGAGUCAGGUUGAAAUAUAAAGAAAUAUAAAGAGUGUUAAGGAGGGAGAGUUGGUUCUGGAGAAAACAUCCAUUCCGAGUGUACAGUGAAGGACUGCGUGUAGUGUCCUGCAGGAGUAAUAGGACUGGAUCUUGCUGGGAGACUGAGGGUGAGACAGGAAAAGUAGGAGCUGAAAAAGAUCAGUCUACUUAGUCUCAAACCAGUCUGGAGGGGAGAGACUUCAGAGGAAAGUGAAGGGGUACAGUUAGGGUUACCCCAGAAAGCCCUAAAAAACUGUUUGUGAAUUCCCCCCCCCCCCAGCCAGGCCUCGGAGUACGCAUUUUAAAAACUGCAUUUUCCUCUAAGACAAAAAGCAUGAGCUAAGCAGUCCUCUCUGUAACAAAAACGCUGUAACAAACCCAGAGCUGAGAACAGUAAAGCUUUUCGCUUCCCAGAUCCAAGAUAACCUUGUCCUGGUACAUUGAUUUGCAACAUACUUCCGGGAACAGAGCCAGAGAACGAAAAGCAACAUUUCUGUGUAAGAAUCUGUGAAGGGGGAGGGGAAAAAAGGGGUUUGAAAAAAGGAUAAAACCUGCUUGUAAAAUGUUUUCCACGCGGCCUGUCUUUUGUGAACUGAAUCACACAGGUGCCUCUGCCCCCCCCCCCCAUGGCAGAAUAAAAUGCUCUUUCUCUGGAUUAACCCCUUGGUGUCGUUUGGCUCCUUUUGUCUCUGCUCGGGUGCAACAAUUAUUCCUACCCAUGGAUUAAAAAGGCUACAAAAGAGACUCCCAAAAUAUAGUGAAGGAAGGGGUGUGUGUAGUGGGCCCUUAAGAUUAUUACUGAAAUUACUUCAGGAGCUGGAUUUGUUAAAGGGGUGGGUAACUGAAGGAAAGUACCACCUUGGAAAGGAACCAAAGUAUAAAGCCGAAACCUCUGAAAAUGGCUUGAAGUCAACUAGCGUAUUAUUAUUGAAGUAACCUAAGUCUCUCCACUUGUAUUAUACAGGGUGAGUCUUUUAAAAGAGGCCCCGUGGAGCAUGUGUACUCUGUGGCCUCUUUUAAAGGACUCACCCUGUACUACCUCGUUUUAAAAAUAAAUCUUUAUUGCUUAUUUAAAGGACACCUGCUUGAGACUCCAACUUAUUGGUUAUCCCCCUCACAAAAGUCCCCCACAGGAUACUCUGGGAUAGUUAGGUUUAGUUUUUAAGCCUUCAGGUAAAAGGUUGUUCAGUGAGGUGGGGGUAAUACAUUUAAGUGAGAGCAGGCACAUCUGCGUGAGCAGUAACUGAGGGGCCGAGCCCGUCGCAUAUUAAUUUGUGGCAGCGCGGUGAUGUGAAGUUAAAACCCACACAGUAACGUACCCAGAGACACAGAACAACCAGUUUAAUAAAGUAGUGAAGUUAUUUUAUUAAAAGGAGAAAAAUUUCCUGUCAGAAAAUGACCAGCAAGUGCCAAGAGAAAGAGACUCGGGAUGACCAAGGGCAGGGAGCUGCUGUAUCUGAGGAGAAUCCUAGUACAGUGGUACCUCGGGUUACAUACACUUCAGGUUACAUACGCUUCAGGUUACAUACACUUCAGGUUACAGACUCCGCUAACCCAGAAAUAGUGCUUCAGGUUAAGAACUUUGCUUCAGGAUGAGAACAAAAAUCGUGCAGCGGCAGUGCAGCGGCAGCAGGAGGCCCCACUAGCUAAAGUGAUGCUUCAGGUUAAGAACAGUUUCAGGUUAAGAACGGACCUCUGGAACGAAUUAAGUAUUUAACCCGAGGUACCACUGUACUGAAUUAGAGAUGAUGAAACUAAGAUUGUGUUAUGUAUUGGGUUUAACACAUUUUAUGUUACAAGGCGCAUUCUAACCAAUCAUAGAAGCUUGUUAGAUGAACGUUCUAAUGGCAAGUAAGCGCAUGCACUUCAACUGUCAACUGUCAACGGUCAGUUCAUGCUCAGAAUUAUUAGUGUGUUGUCCAGUCAGUUUGGUUCUUGCGUUCCUAUGAGUGAGCUGUUGUCACUGACAAAUGUUGAAUAAACAUAGUUGAGGAACUUAUACUGCCUUUGGGCUUCUGACUUUUUCCGAACAUUUAACUUUGGCGACGAAGGUGGGAUUGAUGAGCUCCCACCGGCUGCCAGAGGCCCAAGACUGCACCGCAGUACCGCCGCCUGCCGCCUCGCAGUAAGCGCGACCUCACCGCCAUGCUGAACUCAGCAAAUAGUCCCGGAAACAAGACUGCGCCUGCCGCGUCUUCACAACCACCCACAAUCGCACAAGCGACUACUCCAGAUCCAAGGAUGGCUACCACUCAUAGUCGGCCUCCACCGGACUUCGAUAUGAGCCAUCCUGCAGAAUGGCCGCAGUGGCUCCGCCGAAUAAGGAGCUACGUCCAGCUGCAAGGCUUCACUAGGGAGGCAGACAAGGUGGAUGUGCUACUGACAGUGCUGGGAAGUUCCGCCUUCACUCUACUGGAAAUCUUAUGGCACCUAGGACAUAGAGUCAUGCACUUUCGAUGAGAUACCUCGUGCCUCAGCCAACUAAGAACCACUGCCACUAUUGAAGGAGGUGAGGACAGGUGACCCCACCUAGGCCCGAAGUCACCCUAGGCCUCAAAACCAAAUUUCCCCUUUCUCUCUUCUAAAAAUCCACAGCUUCAGCUUUUCUCUGCUCUUCUCUGCUUUCUCACAAGAUGCUGCUGCAUAGGCAAAAUGUUAUUUUUAUCAGUACGAGAGAGCUUCAAAAAGCUAAUGAAUAGACUAUAUCAAUGCCAAGAAUAAGCAGGCCUGGGAACUGACUCUUAUCUCAUUCAGUUGCAACACAUCUUGGACACGCUGAAACGCAAGGCUCCUCAACCCCCUUGGCUUCUCAUCCCCCUUUCCAGGGAAGGGUUCCAAGAGUCCCAAAGACAGGAGCUUUCUGUUCAUGCUCAGGAAACUCAUCAUGGGGCAGGGCUCCUGAGGAGGGGGAAAGGGGGGAGGGAACUGGAGGGGAAUAUAUGCUCUGUGCAAAUGGCUGUGAACUUGUGCUUGUUUGUGAAAUUAUCACACUAGCUCCUUCUACCAAGCUCGGAUGGUAGAAAUAAAGCUCUUUCUCUGAAAUUAUCCCUUGAGUGUCUGUUUGACUCCCAUUUCCCUCUCCCCGGGUGCAAUGCUCUUCCCACCCGAGGGCAAAGCCUGAAAAGGCUACACUAUGACUUUGCGCACAGAGAGCAACAAGUGCAAGAGUCAGCGAGUGAAUACAUCACAGAGCUCCGGGCGAUUGCGUAUUGUCAAUUCGCUGACAUCGAGGAACGACUUCUUGAAAGGAUCAUCAGUGGAGUGCGAGACAGCCAUCUCCGCCACAAGCUGCUGGCAAAAGACGACAUCAUGAUGAUGGAAGCAGUGAAUAUAGCCACGGCCUUUGAGAAGGAUAACGCCCACGAGGCGGCCCACAGCCCACAUACCAAAAGGAGAACUCAUUGUAUCCAGCGAGACCGGUUGUAUUCCGUAGAUUCCCACAAUGAGUAUGUCCACCAAGCUUUGGAUCGAUCCGACCAACAUGACCGCUCCCAAGCUACGAGUGCAUCGUAG